GUAUAAGUUAGGUUAUGUUGCCCAGUCGCAACGGUGUCGAUGUUUACGAGGUGUACGUCGAACCGGUAGAAUGGAGAUGGAAUUAAUCGAAUUGAAAGAUAUAAAACCCAUACCGGACAUAAUUCAUGCUUAUUCGCAACGAGUAAAGUCCGAAUGUACUCCACUUGUUAUCGACAAUGGAUCCUACAAUUGCAGAGUCGGCUGGGCUACGGAGAAAGAACCGCAGUUGACGUUCAAGAAUCUGAUCGCGAAGCCGCGGAAGGAACGCGGCAAAAAGGAUGGGGAACCUCAAGUGGGAAACGAUAUAGUGAACAUCGAAGCUGUGCGCUUUCAGCUAAAGACGCAGUUCGACCGGAAUGUAGUGACGCAUUUCGAGGCUCAGGAACAGAUAUUCGAUUACACGUUCACACAUAUGGGUAUAGACACGGAGGGCAGCGUGAGCCAUCCAGUUAUUUUGACCGAGACGUUCCUCAACCCCAAUUAUUCUCGCAAUUUGAUGGCGGAAUUGCUGUUUGAGUGUUACAAUGUACCGUCAAUAGCGUACGGAAUUGACUGCUUAUUUUCGUACCAGCACAAUAAUUGUCCACCCGAUGGUUUAAUAGUCAACAUGGGGUAUCACACAACUCAUGUAAUACCGAUACUGGACGGGAAAGCAGAUGCGAUGAACGCGAGACGAAUCAACCUCGGUGGCUAUCACAUUACAUCGUAUAUGCAUAGACUGCUUCAAUUAAAGUAUCCAGUCCAUGUGAAUGCGAUAACACUUAGUCGUGCAGAGGAGUUGAUACACGAGCAUUCGAUGAUUGCUUUAAGCUACCAGGAAGAUUUGUCCAAGUGGGCGGAUGCAGAUUAUUAUGAUACGCAUGUUUUGAGAGUGCAGUUACCGUACAUUGCACCUGCUACCACUCCUGGUCUAACGCUCGAACAGCAAAAAGAGAGGAAACGAGAACUGGCACGAAGAUUGAUGGAGAUCAACGCGAGGAAAAGAGAGGAGAGAUUAGCAGAAGACGAAGAGCAGCUUAAUCAGCUGUUGGCAGUGCAGGAUCUUCUCGAAGAGGGUGAAAUCGACGAGUUUGAUCAAGCAUUGAAGUCCUACUCGCUUGCGAAUGAAGCUGAUUUAAUCAAAAUGAUUAACAACCUGCAGGCAAAGGUAGAAAGAACUAGGCAAAAGAUUGUCGCCGCGAAUUCGCAGGAGGAAAAUAUCGUGAUGGAGGAACAGAAACCUAAAAUCAAGUCGAGCCUUCAACCUAAGGAUCAACAGGAUUUCGAUGAAUGGAUUGCUGGAGUUAGAAAGAAAAGGCAAGAAAUACUGGACAAACGUAUGGCAAAGAGACAGAGGAGACAAGACAUGGCGAAACGAAGAACGGCUGCUGCGCAGGAAAGGAUGCGCAUAAUUAGCCAACUGGCAAAGAAAGAGAAGCGUGAUGAUGAUUUCGGUAUGCGAGACGAAGACUGGGACGUGUACAAAGUUAUAAAUAGGGAAGGUGGCGAUUCGGAUUCAGAAUUAGAGCAGGAGAAGCUAUUAGAGCUGGAAGACGUUUUACGUCAUCACGACCCGGAAUUUGACAGUGCAGGCUCCAGCGUGCCUAUGGUUCCUGGAGAAACGCAUCAACUUCACGUGGGUGUGGAGCGAUUGCGGGCACCGGAAUUGUUGUUCCAACCAUCUAUGAUUGGUUCGGUGGAAGCUGGAAUUGCCGAGACGAUUGAAUUCGUCUUGAAACAAUAUUCCCCCGAAGAACAAACGCGUCUUGUAAGUAACGUCUUCCUCACUGGUGGAUCGGCAGCGUUCCCUGGCUUGCUGGAAAGACUGAAACGUGAGUUACGCGAAAUGAGACCGUUCAAAUCGAACUUUCAAGUGAAUAUCGCGAAAAAUACUAGCCUGGAUUCCUGGUAUGGCGCGAGGGAUUUCGGUUUGAACGGUAAUCUCCCCGAGUAUUUAGUCAGUCGCAGAGAAUAUGAGGAAAAAGGCGGAGAAUAUUUCAAAGAACAUUCGACAAGUAAUACUUACACUCGAUCACCCGAUCCUUUGCCAAUGAUACAAGUGCCUGUAACGUCUGAGCAAGUGAUCGUGGAGGAUGCUGUGGUUGAUGUGGAGAUGGAAUAAAAAAUAUUUACUUAUAUUCAGUGCAUAAAAUACUUCGACUAUGGUUUAUGUAUAAUAGAUUUUAUUAUCGAUUGGAUAUUAACAAAAGAGAUACGACCGAUUGUUGAUGGAUAUCUACUUUAUUACACAAGUAUUUCUGUUUGUUCAUUUUAUUACGAACAAACUACAUUGUAGUCUGUUUGCUGAUCACAAUAUACAGUUCCCAAACA